ACUGUUGUAGAAGGAAUUGGUGUAGGAGAUUGCUGGAAAUUCCUGGGAUACCGUGCUCAAAUUGGUAAGAGUCUACGACAACACAAUGACGUCAAUUACCGGCAUUUACACUUCAAGUGUGAAAAGGGGGCAAUAAGACAAUUUCAUUGGAGACACAAGAGACACAGGGCCUCAGAAUUUCCAGGGCAAAUUGCCGGGGAAAUUUGCAAAAAUACCCAUCAAAUCACUUGUCUAACAGAAAUUCAUAACACCAUCAACAAUAAGAGCAAGAGAAAUCAAGUUGUCCAGAAGAGAAGAGAGGGUCAGAUGAACGGAAAGAUGCCAACAACAAUGAUGAAGACAACGGCACACAAGAGAACAGGGAGAAUUGCAAGGAGAUUCCUGUCAAGAAGAUUGAAUAGACUGAAAGUGCUGAGACUUCUAAAAAUGGAUACACAGAAGGAGGAAAGUGCGAGCUCAAGUACAGUGGAUGAAAAUUCAGAAUUCUACAAUUCUGGGCGUGUGGGCAGGAGAAAUGCCCUGCCGGAUAUAUUAAGUGAUCACUGCAGAACAACUACGGCGGAUCUGCCAGAACGUCUCAGUGCACUAUCAACUUCAGACAAUCCAUCGUCUGAGGCUGGUCCCAGUGGAGUCAAUUCGUCACAGGCUACUAGCACAGCAACGACUAGUAAUACAACCCCUACAACAACUGAAAAGACCUAAACUGCGGAUGGUAACUAUUUUUCGAGGUAAAAAAAGAGUAAAUUAUUUUAAUAUGGGGGGAUAGGAGAUAUUUGUGGACUGGAAAGAAAGGAUGAUUAAACGAAAGCUCACGAAUCUCUGCAUUUGAUAAUAAUGGAUAUUGAAAAUGCAACACCAAGCAGAGAUUCAUCGACAUUAACGGCCAACCUGAAAGUUCAAUUUUCCUCAAAUUGUUCCCAAUUUAUUGUUUGGGAGUGGAAGGGACUCAACCAAUAUGUUUCUUUUUUUCAUUGCAUGAAGAGAGAGUUAUGUCACGUUGGGCAAAAUGAUGAUUUGUUUGGUAAAAUCGAACUUUUGUGAUUUGAAGAAAAAAAAAUGUUGUGUGAUUUUUGUAUAUUUUCAUUGUUUAAUGAUAACAAGGAAAGUCAUGAUAAGGAAAUAUAUUUAACUGUGUGACUAUAUCAA